ACAGGCUUUCAUUACAUCAGCAAAUAGAAAUGAAGAGGGCUGAUAUUUUAUAUCUAUUAACCUUCAUAAAAGUACAGGGUGCACAGGGCCAAACAGCCGCCUCUGAACUGAGUGGCAGUCUCAGUCUGAUUAUUGCCCUGACGCUGUUAGUGUGCAUACUGCUACUGUGUAUACCUGCAGUGACUGGAAUCAUCAUACUGGGAAUAAAACUCAACAAGAUCUGGAAAAAGCUGUCAGAAAAAGACACCAUAUAUGCUGAGAUAAACCCCCAUGCUACGUCAUACAGACCAGAGACCGAAUCAGCAUAUGAAGAAUCAAAUGCUCGCUACAGCCGCAGCACAAUGUCCAGUAGAAUUUCUUCAUUCAGAUUUUCUGGGGAGAAGGCUUUUGAAGGCUGUUUUGAUGAUGCGGAUGGAGCAGCUAAUUGGUCACAUAACAGUUUUCCUCCGUUAUGCACAAAAUGUCUUCAGCAGUUCAAACUUUCAGAUUGUGACAACCUAAGAAGAUAUGGAUCAAUUUAUAACAGAUCUGGGAGGCUCACCCAGGAGAAAUCUGACCACCUUUGGAGUGGCAUUGAUCUUUCUCCAGAAGAUGAUAAUUCAGCUCAUUAUGUAGACAUGAAUGCUUGCAGAAGGAUGACACUUAACAGUGCUUUAGACCUUGAAGCAAUUUAUGAUGUCCCUCGCCGAUAUUCAUGUACCUGCUUAAAACACAGCAGUGAAUGCGUCUCAGAACUGAACAAAGCCAACAAGGUAACUGAUCAUUCAGAAGUAAGCGAACAAACAACUAACACUGCUUCUAGAGAGGAUUCGAUAAGGAGAUCAAUCCCCUUUGUCGAAAGAAAACAAACAGACGCUGACUUAAGCAACUUGACCAGAGCAGAAUCGAAAGAUUCCGGGUUGGCUUCACAGUCUGGCUCACAGUCACUUGACCACGCAGACAACUUGAACCAUGACAUGGUGAGGAGUCAAGAUCAAGACACCCUUUAUAAACAGAGAUCUACUUGCUCAAAUAACUCUACAGUGAAGCAAGCUCCCAAAGGGGUUGGCAAAUCCAAAAACAGAUCAAAGCCAGCAAAUCCUAGUUUAGAUAUUUAAUAUACUGGAGGUGUUAUGUUAUGUAAUGUAAAAUCAGAAUUUGAGUGUUAUUGCUGAUUUCAUCUGAAGCUGAGAUAGUAUCCUUACUAUAAACAUACAAACUGUGAAAGGUCUGGGGCCUCAUGAAUAAACGGUUCAUACGCACAAAAAUGUUGCAUACAUCUGU